CUCAUGAGAAAAACCCUAGCUAAACCUCGCUUCACCUUCACUCCAAUUCAAAGACAUCAUAGUUCGUACAACAAUGGGAAGCUACAUUUUUCUAUGUUCACUCAACCACAACCCUCAGAACCGUACCCAACUUCAGAUUUCAGCUCAAUCCCGAGAUGGUUAUUCACUACUACCUCACUUCCACCACCCGAAUGGGUACAACCCUUCACUGACCUCUCUGACCUCAUCACAAAUCCAAAGAACCUCCAACCCUCUCCAUGGGUCCACCAAAUUCUCAACCUUUUAGACAAUUCGCUAAACAUGGAAGUCAAUUUAGACACUUAUUGUCACAAAUUUCUCAUCAAAUUAUCACCCAGUUUUGUUGCCUUCCUGUUAAAGUCUGAUCAGCUAAGGAGUCAGCUGGACGUCGCUUUUCGAUUUUUUCAGUGGGCUGGAAAGCAACAGGGGUAUGCUCAUAAUCUUGAAUGUUAUGUUUCUUUGAUUGAUAUUUUAUCAGUGUCUGAGGAUUUGGAUAGAAUAAGAGGUGUGUUUUGUGAGUUUAGGGAUAAAGCUUUUUUGAUGACUGUUUUGGCGGCGAAUUCUUUGAUUAGAAGUUUUGGGAAUCUUGGGAUGGUUGAGGAAUUGUUGUGGGUGUUGCGUCGGAUGAAAGAGAAUGGAAUUGUGCCCAGUUUGUAUACUUAUAAUUUUUUGAUGAAUGGGUUGGUGAAUUCGAUGUGUGUUGAAUCGGCUGAACGGGUUUUUGAGGUUAUGAAAGGUGGAAAGGUAGGUCCAGAUAUCGUGACGUAUAAUACAAUGAUGAAAGGGUAUGGCAAGGCAGGGAAGACACAAAAAGCAAUGGAGACAUUUAAGGAAAUGGAGGAGAGGGGUGUGGAACCUGAUAAGAUAACUUAUUUGACUUUGAUGCAGGCAUGCUAUUCGGAGGAAGAUUUUGAUUCUUGUUUGGCGCUUUAUCAUGAAAUGGAAGAAAAAGAGUUGGAGAUUCCGCCACAUGCUUAUAGUUUAGUGAUUGGAGGGCUUUGUAAAGAGGGGAAGCCUUUGGAAGGGUGUGCUGUUCUUGAGAGUAUGAUUCGGAAGGGUUGCAAGGCUAACGUUGCAAUAUACACUACUUUGAUUGAUUCGUAUGCUAAAAUUGGGAAUAUGGAGGAGGCAAUAAGGCUUUUUGAGAGAAUGGAGAGCGAAGGGUUUAAACCGGAUGAAGUGACAUUUGGGGUUAUUGUGAAUGGUUUAUGCAAGAGUGGGAGAUUGGAGGCAGCCAUGGAAUAUUUUGAAUUCUGUCGAAAUAACAAUGUAGCUGUUAAUGCCAUGUUCUAUUCAAGUCUCAUUGAUUGUCUUGGAAAGGCUGGAAGGGUAGAUGAGGCUGGAAAACUAUUUGAAGAGAUGAUUGAGAAGGGAUGUCCUCGGGAUUCAUAUUGCUAUAAUGCUCUUAUUGAUGCCUUGACUAAGAGUGGGAAGAUUGACGAAGCGUUACUGCUCUUUCAGAGAAUGGAAGAUGAAGGUUGUGAUCAGACUGUGUAUACAUACACCAUUCUAAUCAGUGGACUGUUCAAAGAACACAGAAAUGAAGAGGCACUGAAGUUGUGGGAUGUGAUGAUCGAUAAGGGUAUCGCUCCCACUGCUGCUUCCUUUAGAGCUCUUGCCACUGGGCUUUGUCUUUCAGGCAAGGUAGUGAGAGCUUGCAAGAUUUUAGAUGAACUGGCACCCAUGGGGAUUAUUCCAGAGGGAGCUUUUGAAGAUAUGAUCAAUGUUUUGUGCAAAGCUGGUCGAAUUGAACAGGCUUGUAAGUUGGCUGAUGGUAUUGUUGACAGAGGUAGAGAAAUACCAGGCAAAAUUCGUACAAUUUUGAUCAAUGCAUUGAGGAAAGCAGGGAAUGCAGAUUUGGCAAUAAAGCUGAUGCACAGUAAGAUUGGCAUUGGAUAUGAUAGGAUGGGCAGCAUUAAAAGGAGAGUAAAGUUUCGGAUACUCACCAACAAUUGAGUCUUUGGGUAGAUAUUGGGAUCAGAUGAACUGAGAACUUCAAUUUGAGCUUUGUAUGCCAAAGCUAGUAUGAUAUUUCAUGAAUAUCUGAAUUUGCCGACUUGACAGCAGUUCCAGCAUUUAUAUCUGCGUUUAUAGUUCAAUAUAUAUGGUAUCUCCAAGAUGGGUCGGAUAAGAGGUAUAUGUGACCUGCUGAUCUGGACAUUACUAUGUUAUCGAUUGCCUAGUGAUUCAUUCAAAUUGCAGACAGGUGGUCAAUUUUGUUUGGCAAAUCUUCAAAGCUGAUAGUCAUGAGUUAAGUUAUCUGGUGUAUCUAUAUAUUCAUGUUCAGUUCAAAGGCUAUGGGUCUACUGAGAGAGCUUGUUCAAAAAUGUUUUAAGAGUCGGCCCUUUUGUUGUAACGUGCACUGAACCAAUGAAGCAUGUUUUUAAUGGUAACAAAUGCAAGUAGCUUUGAGAUAUCCUGCUAUAAUUUGGUUUCCACACUUUUUUUA